AUGGCAGACUCAAAAUAUCAACCAGUUCCACGCCAGGACAGCACUGGCGAAGAAUACUCAGAUUGCAACUCUCAUUCUUCUACUCAGCAUCAACAUAACUGGCAUCAAUUAGACCCCAUCGAUGUAUCAGACCUCUCAUCCCACGAAGAUGAAAUAAUGGACGACGAUGAAAACGACGACGGCGCAGUGGUCGCCCCAUUGAAUCGCAAGAACAGAGACAAAAAGAAACAGCAGCUCUCCAAAAGACGCAAAUAUCGCAGACGGCUGAUUACACUCAAAAAUUUUAUUGUUCGAUAUCGUCUAUGUCUUGUCGCGGCCGCGGGUCUUAUUUUUAUCUUUUUGCCUUUGAUUGCUUAUCAGCGCAGUAUUAGGAAGUUCUUUUGGGGAGAUAAAGUUUAUGAAUCCCCGCCGUGGUAUCCGUCACCGAGGGGUGGUACUUCGGAGACAUGGGCUCAUAGUUAUCAGAAAGCGAAAGCGAUGGUACAGAAUAUGACGCUGCUUGAGAAGGUCAAUGUUACGACUGGAGUGGGUUGGUCAAUGGGGUUGUGUGUUGGGAAUACAGGGCCUGCGAUUGAUUCCGGAUUCCCCUCUCUCUGUCUACAAGAUGGCCCCUUGGGUAUUCGCUUCGCCGACCAUAUUACUGCCUUCCCAGCUGGUUUGACAACUGCGGCAACAUGGAAUCGAUCGCUGAUCGAAGAACGUGGUUAUCUACUGGGUACAGAGGCUCGUGCAAAGGGCGUGAAUGUACUUUUGGGUCCUUCAAUGGGACCCCUGGGAAUAGCGCCAGCCGGUGGUAGAAAUUGGGAGGGCUUUUCGCCCGACCCCGUCCUUAGUGCUAUUGCAGCUGCGGAUACCAUUCGAGGCAUUCAGCGGACUGGCGUGAUGGCGACAGCAAAACAUUUCGUUAUGAACGAACAGGAACAUUUCCGCCAGGGUCGUGAAUGGAUUAUACCGGAUGCAAUUUCUUCGAACGUCGAUGACCGAACGCUACAUGAGGUUUUCAUUUGGCCGUUUGCAGAAAGUAUUCGUGCCAAUGUGGCCAGUGUGAUGUGUUCGUAUCAGAUGGUCAAUAAUUCAUAUGCAUGUGGGAAUAGCAAGCUUCUGAAUGGUAUACUGAAAGACGAGUUGGGAUUUCAGGGCUUCGUGCAAUCGGACUGGCUUGCGCAGCGCUCAGGAGUGAUAAGUGCUCUUGCAGGUUUGGAUAUGUCUAUGCCCGGUGAUGGCGCUACAUGGGCAGAUGGCAAGUCGUUUUGGGGCAAGCAGCUGACAAUCGCGGUGCUCAAUGGGACCAUGCCCAUGGAGCGUCUCAAUGAUAUGGUGACGCGUAUCGUAGCAGCUUGGUAUCAAUUGGGACAAAACGAACCUGGAGAUAACCCGACUUCUCCCAAUUUUUCCUCGUGGACCAAUGAGGAGUAUGGUCAUUUAUAUGAAGGUUCAGGUGAUCCAGCCACGGGAAGAGUUAAUCAAUUCAUUGAUGUUCAAGGUAGCGGCGAGAGUGCCCAUAGCAUUACAGCUCGACGGGUUGCCGCUGAGGGAACCGUGCUUGUGAAGAAUGAAGGCGGUAUUCUUCCUCUGAGCCUUGAUAAACCAUACCGCGUGGGUUUAUUUGGUGAAGAUGCAGGUAUCGGCAAAGGCCCUAAUUUCUGCGUUGAUCGAAGCUGUAAUCAGGGCACUUUGGCGUCUGGUUGGGGCAGUGGUGCCGUUGAGUUUCCUUACCUGAUUACACCAUAUGAUGCACUGCAAAAGUCUUUUGAAGGGACAACGGUGGAAUUUCACGGAUAUCCAACUGAUAAAUACGAGGAUAAGGAUCUUGCAGACCACGAUCUGUGCAUCGUGUUUGCUAAUUCGGAUUCUGGUGAAGGAUAUCUGAAAUGGGAAGAUGUCAAAGCAGACCGCAACAAUCUGUUACUUCAGAAGCAGGGUGAUGCUUACAUUCAACGAGUUGCGAAUAGCUGUGGCGGUGAUACAGGAAAUACUAUUGUUGUGAUCCACGCCGUUGGCCCAGUCGUGGUGGAGGCUUGGAUUGAACACCCACGUAUCAAGGCUGUUGUUCUUGCCCAUCUUCCAGGGGAAGAAAGCGGUAACGCGCUGGCGGAUGUCUUGCUUGGUAGGGUCGACGCUACUGGACGACUCCCAUACACCAUCGGCAAGAGCAUCGAGGACUACGGUCCUAGUGCGCAGAUUCUCUACUUCCCCAACGCGUUGGUACCACAGGUGAACUAUACGGACGGAUUGUUCAUUGACUAUCGAUAUUUUGACAAGCAUAACAUUACUCCACGGUUUGAAUUUGGAUAUGGCAUAUCGUAUACAACAUUUGAAUAUUCGGAUCUGGUCAUAUCUCCCGUGAGAGAGAAGUCGCCGUUACCGUCACCUCGACCAAAAGCCCCUGUUUCUCCGCCUGAGUACAGCCAGCAGACACCAGAUGCUAGGUCUGCACUAUUUCCCACGGGUUUCCGAGCAUUGCACAAAUACAUCUAUCCAUAUCUCUCUGAUCUAUCUGAAAUCAAGAAAAGACACUUCGACUUCCCCAAGGGCUACAAGACGAAGCAGAUGUUGUCUCCUGCUGGCGGAGGCGAGGGCGGCAAUCCGUCUUUAUACGAGACAUUCGUCGUCGUUACUGCCAAUGUCACCAAUACCGGUAGCCGUACAGGACAGGAAGUAGUCCAGAUGUAUGUCUCAUUCCCGGAUGACGUCAAAGACGAGGAGGACACUUUCAGUGAUUAUAUAGAGUUUCCUGUACGGGUGUUACGCGGGUUCGACAAGGUGAAGCUGGCUCCAGGAGAGACGAAAAAGGUCGAAUUAGCCUUGACGCGUAAAGAUCUGAGUUAUUGGAGUACUCGUCGGCAGAAUUGGGUUAUGCCGGUGACGGGUCAAUUUACGAUUGCACUUGGGAAUAGUUCUAGGACGAUGAUUCUGGAGGGGAGGUAUUAGUAUCCAUAUCGUAUACAUACAGGCGUAUUAGUUGUUCAAUUGACA